AUGGAAUCCGCCACCGUUCGUGGAAGAGAUACCGAACGAGGUCUUGUCUGCGAUUUUGCCAAUGUGAUCAGCUUCGAAUCGCCUACGGUGCCACCACUGAGCCGACGUCCUACAAUUGGAUCCUCCCGUCGGACCGUGUCUCCUCCAACCUCGGUGAAGGCGUUUGCCAAUGCAAGGCGACGCGGGCAAGAUGCCGAUACAUACGAUUCAAAAGCGAGUCGCAGACAGGCGGGCGACCUGAGCGGCGAGGCGGAAGGGGUCGAUUACUCGAAAAGGACUGCGAAUGGCUUGCAGAGCGGCUAUGGGAAAUCGUACCGUCGGGAUGCCGAUAGUCCCCUGGAGGGGUUUCCUGCGACCGCCGGUGUGGCGGAUAGAAACAAGCGCGAAAACUCGAAGGAUGGCCUCGUUAUCGAUUUCGAGUGCUUGGAAACCUUGAUCAACGUCGACGACUGUGGCAGCUUUAGCAACGAUGACUUCAAUAACCUUCCUGACAGCUCCAUCCCAGCGGGCGCCACCAUGUUCACGUCCGACGGGGACUACAUCAACAUUGCGUCUCGGCUAGCCUCAGUCUCGAACGAGAAAGAUACAAUGACCCAUGGUCAACCCAGGACUGUGAAUCAGGGUGAGCAGAGUCGUUUCAACUUCUUUUCCUCUGCGCUGGAGUCGACCAUUCAUGCUGCAGAAUUUCGGGACCUUAUCCUCCCGGGAGAGAACAUCAGGUCUCUAUUCGAAUCCGAAGGGGAAUCUGACGGCGUCUGGUGGCUCAACAUGAACAACCCGACCGGCAUCGAAGUUUGGACAAUCUGCAAGGCAUUCGGCAUCCACCCUCUCACCACCGAGGAUAUCAUACACAAGGAAACUCGCGAAAAGAUUGAGCUAUUUCCGACAUACUAUUUUGCUUGCUUCCGGUCCUUCAUUGUCGUCGAGGAAGAUGGCGAAACUUCUUACCAUCCUUUCAACGUGUACGCUAUUGUCUUCAGAGAGGGGAUUAUCAGCUUCAGUUUCACCCCGAAUUUGCAUUCGUCAAAAGUGCGGUUCCGAAUCUCCCAACUGAAGGAGCAUGUGUCCCUGAGUAGCGAUUGGAUCUGCUACGCUCUGAUUGACGAUAUUGUGGAUUCGUUCGGCCCUGCGAUCAACCAGAUUGAAUGUGAGGCAGACGCCAUUGAGGACCAGGUCUUCAUCACGCGCGUCGAGGACAAUCAAGCCUUUCUCCGCAAGAUUGGCUACACUCGAAAGAACGUCAUGAGUCUCAUGCGCCUGCUCGGCGGCAAGACUGAUGUCCUCCGUGCUUUCACCAAGAGGUGCACUGAAGACUAUGAAGUCACGCCACACAUGGAUAUCGCCCUGUAUCUUGGCGACAUCCAAGACCACACCGUUACGAUGAUGAAUAGCCUCGUGCAAUUCGACACCAUUCUCUCGCGGUCACACAGCAACUACCUGGCGCAACUCUCGAUUGACAGCAUUAGCAUGGGCAACCAGACCAACGAGUCCUUAAGUAGGGAAGAAGCAAUUAAUUACCCCGUGGUGCCCCUGAACGUUAUUUGCGGACUCUUCGGGAUGAACGUCGAGGUGCCUUGGAAAGAUGUUAAUAACCUAAUUCCCUUUUUUGGGAUCCUAGCCUCUAUUGUCGGCUUUGCCUUCUUCUUUUUGAUUCUGGCUCGGCGACUCAGGUACUUGUGA